CAUGUCCAAAGAGGUAUGAAGAGUGUGGAGAAGAGGUACUGGAGGGAAAUAUUUGAAGCAUUCAAGAACAAGAAUCAUGAGUUCUUCAAUAAAUAUAAAAUAGGCUAUGAUGGCAUGAAGUCAGCUGUAAGUGUUGGAGUCAUUCCACAGUUAAAAGAUGGCACUGUUUAUAAGGUUUCUUUAGCAACUGGUGGUAGAAAGUCACUCAACUAUCACGUCAUCUUUAAAGUUGUCAACAAAAGAAGUCUUUCAGAAUUAAAGACAUUUUUGCAGUCGUCACGGCGUGGUGUUCAAAAGGAUGCACCUGCAACUGUUUUCCAGUUAAUAGAAAUCAUGUUUCGCUACACACCCCUGGCAGAAUACAUAUCAGUGGGACAGAAUAGCUUUUUUUCUAAGGAUGCUCGUGACCCAUUUAGUGAAGUUACCAGUAUUAGUGGUGAUAAGAUAGCCCAGAGAGGAUUUUUUGCAUCACUUAGACCUGCAGCUUGGAAAAAUGCUUCAUUGCUACUAAAUGUGGAUGUGGCUCACGUUACUUUUUACAAAGAGCAGUCCUUACUUAGUUUCAUGAAAGAGAAUGAAGUGAUAAGCAGCGAUGAUUAUGGGAAUGAAAAUUUAAACAAAAUUCUGACGGAAGCACAGCGAAAGAAGUUGUUGAAAAAAUUGAAAGGGCUAAAGGUCCGUGUAAGCCAUUCACUAUUCCCACGUAAUUACAAGGUGAUUGAUGUUAUGGCAGAUGGGGCCAAUAGACAGAUGUUCAAAGAAGAUAAUGGCUCCCUUAAAUCUGUAGAAAACUAUUUCAAAGAGAAAUAUCCAUCAAAAAAAUUACAUUAUCCAAAGCUUAAUGUUAUUCGGGCAGCACCUGAUAGUAAGACGGUGUAUCUUCCCAUUGAGUUUUGUGACAUUGCCAAAGGUCAAAAGGUGAAACGACAAAGUGUAUCUGCCAAAGAGCUGUCAAAUUUCAUAUCCUUUACAGCAAAACCACCUCAGAAAAGGUUGAGUUGCAUAAAUGAAAUUCCUCGAAACAAGAAAAUCACAGAAAAUGAACUGAUGAAAGACUUAGGAUUCAGCUUCUUGGACAAGCCCAUUGAGUUAACUGGUCGAAUUCUUCCUCCUCCUAAGUUGCAGUUGAAUGCCAGCAAUGCUGUUGUGCCUUUCCAGGGACAGUGGAACAUUAAAGAUAAGGAAUUUUUUCAAAGCAAGAAUAUUGAAUUCUGGGCAGUUCUCAAUUAUUCAGAAAGAUUAUCUGACAACUUAGUGAGUGAUUUUGUGAAAUAUAUAAUGGACACUGGAAAAUUUCGUGGAAUGAAAAUCAGAUACCCAUUAGAAAUAAGAACUGUGAAAUAUUCAAAACAGAAUCCGGAGAUUGACCUUCCUUCCCUCAAAGAGAAAUAUCCUCAACUACAAUUGCUUAUGGUGAUCUUGGUAUCAAAAACACCAGAUAGCCCUUAUGCUGGUGUGAAAAAGUAUGGAGAUCGAAUGAUUCAUGUUCCUACUCAGUGUGUGCUGUCUGGAAAUGUUUCAAAACCAAAGCCUGCCACUAUUGGUAAUUUGCUUUUCAAGAUGAAUGCAAAGAUGGGAGGCAUAAAUGUAACAGUAGGAGGAGAUACUAUUAUCCUCGACAGGCCUGUUAUGAUAAUGGGAGCGGAUGUGAAUCAUGCUCCAGCCUCUGAUAAAAGUGGAACUCCCUCCAUAGCUGCAGUAGUGGGUUCACUGGAUAGAUUUGCAUCCAGAUAUGCUGUUGAAGUCUGUCCCCAGACAUCACGAAAUGAAAUGAUUGAGAAUAUGAAAGAAAUGACAAAAAGCCUUUUGAAAUCAUUUUAUUAUGCUACUCGCCAUAAGCCUCAGCGAAUUAUCAUUUAUCGAGAUGGUGUAAGUGAAUCCCAGUUUUUAGAAGUUCUUGCUUAUGAACUAAGAGCAAUGCGUGAAGCUUGUACCGCCUUGGAGGAGGGUUAUGAACCUGGCAUAACUUUCAUUGUAGUGCAGAAAAGGCAUCACACCAGGUUCUUUCCAGUUAAUGAAAGAGACGGUGUUGGCAGGUGCAAAAAUGUCCCUCCAGGAACAGUGGUGGACACCGAAGUCACGCACCCUACUGAUAUUGAUUUUUUCCUCUGCUCACAUGAGGGUAUACAGGGUACUAGCAAGCCAACACAUUACCGUGUACUUUGGGAUGAUAAUGGCCUGUCCCUCAAUCAGUUGGAAGCUUUCUCUUAUGCCAUGUGUCACCUCUAUGCUCGUUGUGCCAGAUCAGUGUCACUACCCACUCCUGCCUAUUAUGCUCAUUGGGCAGCGUAUAGGGGUAAAAUACAUCUUCAUGAUCUAUGCCAAGAAGGAAAUGAGAAGAAGCCAUCAGAAAAAGAGCUUUUGGAGGCAGUGAAAAUGGAUAUGAACAAUGAGAUAAAUAAAACCAUGUACUUCUUGUGAAACAUUGGUCCCUUGAGUUUUUGAGUGAUAGACGGUUGUUCGAGUGGCGGCCUCAAUUCAUGUCUGAAGUAUGGACUCGAGGAGUUUUGUCAGUCACACAUUAAAGAGUUGCUUUGUUGUACGUAUUGUUGAGUGCUGGAAGUUGUAUUUAACCUUUGUCCUUGUAAGAUAAGUUUGAUUUUUUAUUAGAGUGAAUAUAUAAUUUUUAAAAUAAAUCAGAUUGUUGGUUA